UGAUGCUUUGCACUGCAGAUCAUCUCCAGUUAUCCUUGCUGGUUCAGAACCAGACUCUCCAAGAUGUCUUUCAGUUCCAGACCCUACAGCCAGAGGUCCGUCAGCCAGAAGACCAUGAGUGUCUAUGGUGGUGCAGGGGAUUAUGGCACCCGCAUCUCCACACCGCUGAUUGGCCACUCAUACUACUCAUCAAGAGGUUUAGACCUCACCGACGGGCUUGACCUCCACGUUGAUGCCAACGAGAAGGCUAUGCUUCAGAACCUGAAUGACCGUCUGGCCUCCUAUCUGGAGAAGGUGCGCAAGCUGGAGAAGGAGAACGAACGUCUGGAUAGGCAGAUCAGUGAGUGGUACAUGAGCAAAACUGUGAUCACCCAUGAUUACAGUGCCUACUUGGCCACCAUCGCAAACCUGCAGGAUAAGAUCCGAGCUGCCUCCACUUCCAACGCUAAGAUCUACUUGGAGAUUGACAAUUCAAAAUUGGCCGCUGAGGACUUUAAAAUGAAGUAUGAGAACGAGCUAAGCAUGAGGCAUGCUGUAGACAGUGACAUCGCUGGACUGAGGAAGGUGCUGGAUGAUCUCAAUCUGAACAGAAUGGAUCUGGAGAGUCAGUACGAGUCCCUGAAGGACGAGCUCAUCUUCUUGAAGAAGAACCAUGAAGAGGAACUUGCUCUGCUAAGGGCUCACAUGAGCGGCCAGGUUAACGUGGAGGUGGAGGCUCCUUCUCCUGUAGACCUGAACCAGAUCAUGACAGAGAUCAGAGAGCACUACGAGGGUGUUAUUACCAAGAACCGCAAGGAGCUGGAGUUGUGGUACCAGAACAAGAUUACAGUGGUGGAGAAGGAUGCAGAAGUACGUUCAACCAGUCUUGAGGCAUCCCGCCUUGAGAUUAAAGAACUGAAGAGCACCCUGCAGAGGCUUCAGAUUGAACAGCAGUCCCAUCUGAGUAUGAAAUCAUCUCUAGAGGCAACUCUGCGAGAGACUCAGGAACGCUAUUCAGCACAGCUGGCAGGUCUCCAGUCCAUGGUCACAGGCCUGGAAGCUCAGAUGACACUUCUCACCGUCAGCAUCAAUGAAAACAACCUGAAGUACGGCACACUUCUGGACCUCAAGACCCGUCUGGAGGCAGAAAUUGUGGAGUACAGGAGGCUGCUCGAUGGGGAGGAUGACAGAUCAAAACAAGCAGUGAUCACAAAGACCAUCAUUGUGCAGGAGACAGUUGUGGAUGGAAAGGUGGUCACUUCUUCUAAGACGGUGGACGUUGAUGUGGAUCAAGUUUAGUAAAAAUAUGAAAGGCAUCAGAAAAAUUCUAUAAAGAUUUUGCAGUCAAA